CUGGAUGUGUUCUCUCAUCCAGUCACCAUCCCAUGUGGACACAACUUCUGCAAGAACUGCAUCACACAAGCCUGGGAAGUUAGUGGAAAAUACCAGUGUCCUAUAUGUAAAGAGCUUCUCAUCAGAAGGCCUGAACUCCGGGUCAAUACUGUUUUAUCUGAGAUGGCUGAUCAGUUCAGGAAAUCAGCUAAAAAGAAAGCCAGCAGUGUAGAGCAAAAGCGAGCCAAAGGAGGAGAUGUUACCUGUGACGUUUGCACUGGAACCAAACUGAAGGCCCUGAAGUCCUGCCUGGUGUGUCUGGUCUCCUACUGUGAGACUCACCUGGAGCCUCAUCUGACAAUGUCAGGCCUGAAAAAACAUGAGCUGAUCAGUCCUGUGAAGAACCUGGAAGACAGAGUGUGUAAGAAGCAUGAUAGACCUCUGGAGGUGUUCUGCAAGACCGACCAGAUGUAUGUCUGUCAGUUGUGCAUUAUUACAGAACACAAGAGACAUAAUUUUUCCCCUCUGAAAAAAGAAUAUGAACAAAGAAAAGCUACGCUGGGGAGAGAUGAAGCUAAAAUUCAGCAGAUGAUCCAGAAGAGACGACUGAAGAUUCAGCAGAUCAAACGCUCAGUGGAGCUCAGUAAGGAAGGUGCAGACAGAGAGAUAGCAGAUGGUGUUCAGGUCUUCACCGCUCUGAAGGAGUCUGUUGAGAGAAGUCUGGCUCAGUUCCAAGAGAUUAUCCAAAAGAAGCAGAAAACCACAGAGAAACAGGCUGAAGGCUUCAUCAUAGAGCUAGAAGAGGAAAUAUCUGAGUUGAUAAAGAGAAGUGCUGAAGUGGAGCAGCUCUCGCGCACCGAAGACCACCUCCAGCUCCUCCAAGGCUUCCCAUCCCUGAACAUAGCCCUACCCACCAAAGACUGGACAGAGGUCAGAGUUCACUCAUUAUAUGAGGGGACUGUGAGGAGAGCUGUGAAUCAGCUGGAGGAGACGCUCAGUAAACAGAUGAAGAAGCUGUGUGCUGAAGUUGAGUUGAAGAGGGUCCAGCAGUUUGCAGUGGAUGUGACUCUUGAUCCUGACACUGCAAGUCCCUUUCUCAUCCUGUCUGAUAAUGAGAAACAAGUAAAGUCUGAUGUGAUUCAAAAGAAUGUCCCUGACAACCCACAGAGAUUUUCCUUUUGUAACAGUGUUUUAGGAAGGCAGAGUUUCUCUUUUGGCAGAUUUUACUAUUGUUAG